GUUCCCUUCCCUUAACAAAUAUGGCGGCCUCGGAUCCCGCCACGCAGGAGGGUACCCGGAACGACCGCCCAGCCGUCACAAAACCGGAAGAAGCUGAUGGUGGCCGGCGAGGCCCAAACCUCCUCCGUAUCGUCUCUGCUUCACUUUCCCCGCCUCUUCCGCGGAAGCCGAGCGCCAAACUUAAACAGGCCCCGGAGGCCUUUCAGGCUAGUACCGCUGACCCGCCGGCCCGUUUGGGUUUUUCCGCACACCGGCCGGGGCAGGGGUUCAGCAUGAGCCAGAUUCUGUUCCAGCAACUCGUCCCGUUGCAGGUGAAAUGUAAAGACUGCGAGGAGAGGAGAGUGAGUAUCAGAGUGAGCAUUGAACUACAAUCAGUAUCUAAUCCAGUUCACAGAAAGGAUUUAGUUAUCCGUCUGACUGAUGAUACUGACCCAUUUUUUCUGUAUAACCUUGUUAUAUCUGAGGAAGAUUUUCAGAGUUUAAAAUUCCAGCAAGGUCUUCUGAUAGACUUCUUAGCUUUCCCACAGAAAUUCAUAGAUCUCCUUCAGCAGUGUACCCAAGAACACGCCAAAGAAAUUCCAAGGUUUUUGCUACAGUUAGUUUCUCCAGAAGCUAUUUUGGAUAACUCACCUGCCUUUUUAAAUGUGGUAGAGACAAAUCCUUUUAAGCAUCUUACACACCUCUCACUAAAACUUUUACCUGGAAGUGAUGUGGAAAUAAAGAAGUUUCUAGCAGACUGUUUGAAAUGUAGCAAGGAAGAAAAAUCAUCAUUAACACAAACACUAGAUGAUGUUACCAGGCAACUGAAUUUCACACAAAAGACACUAUCGGAAAAAAUUCAAGAAUUAGAUAAGUUACGGAAUGAAUGGGCAUCACACACAGCAACAUUGUCAAAUAAGCAUUCUCAGGAACUGACAAAUGAGAAGGAAAAAGCUUUGCAGGCACAGGUUCAGUACCAACAGCAGCAUGAACAACAGAAAAAAGACUUAGAAAUCCUCCAUCAGCGAAACAUCCAGCAGCUACAGAACAGAUUGUCUGAGUUAGAAUCAGCUAAUAAAGAUCUGACUGAAAGGAAAUAUAAAGGAGAUUCCACCAUCAGAGAACUUAAAACAAAGCUGUCUGGUGUUGAAGAGGAGCUCCAGCGGGCUAAGCAAGAAGUCCUCUCUUUGCGAAGAGAGAAUUCUACGCUAGAUGCUGAAUGCCAUGAAAAAGAAAAGCAUAUUAAUCAGCUACAAACAAAAGUAGCUGUUUUAGAACAGGAAAUCAAGGAUAAGGACCAGCUUGUUUUAAGAACAAAAGAAGCAUUUGAUACAAUUCAGGAACAAAAGGUGGCUUUAGAAGAAAAUGGUGAAAAAAACCAGGUACAACUAGGAAAAUUGGAAGCUACAAUAAAAUCAUUAUCAGCUGAACUUCUUAAGGCAAAUGAAAUUAUCAAGAAGUUACAAGGGGAUCUGAAGACUUUAAUGGGUAAAUUGAAACUGAAGAAUACAGUCACUAUUCAGCAAGAGAAACUCUUGGCUGAGAAGGAAGAAAAAUUACAAAAGGAACAAAAGGAAUUACAAGAUGUUGGACACACUCUCCGAAUUAAAGAACAGGAGGUAUGCAAAUUACAAGAACAGUUAGAAGCUACAGUUCAAAAGCUUGAAGAAAGCAAACAGCUGCUAAAAAAUAAUGAAAAAUUAAUCACAUGGCUAAAUAAAGAAUUAAAUGAAAAUCAGCUAGUGAGAAAGCAAGACGUAAUGGGAUCUUCUACCACACCACCUCUGCAUUCUACUACCAACACCAUCAGAAGUGGGAUUUCUCCUAAUUCUAAUGUGGUUGAGGGUAGACUGACUUACCCAGCUUGUGGAGUUGGUUAUCCUGUCUCCUCCGCAUUUGCAUUCCAGAACACCUUUCCUCACCCUUGUGCUGCCAAAAAUACCCUCCACCCUGUUUCAGGACCAAAGGUUCAGUUUAACUUGCAAUUUACAAAACCAAAUACAUCACUAGGAGAUGUUCAGUCAGGAACAGUUGUUAGUAUGGCUUCCUCAAUGGAUAAGGAAAAUGGUGAAAAUCUAGGGCUGGAAUCCAAAUAUCUGAAGAAAAGGGAAGAUAGCAUUCCUUUACGUGGGCUCAGCCAAAAUCUAUUUAAUAACCCAGACCAUCAGAAAGAUGGCCCUUUAGGGGGGUUACAGACAUCUUCCAAAACCACAGUGCUCCCUUCAGCAUCUUCAGCGUAUUUCCCUGGGCAGUUACCAAGCAGCUAACCCUCGUGUCAUCUUUUACUUUUCAUUGAAAUUUUAGAAAUCCAUGUGGUUUAAAAAAUAUAGUAACAGCAUAGAUCAAAUCUGAACAAGCAAGUUUCAAAGAUUCCUUUAGGUACCAUAUUAACAUCGUUUGGUUUAAGUACUGCUCUUGUUUAUGCAGUUUAGAGAAGCAAACUUGUACGUGAGGAUUGGUAAAGAUUCUGUUUUAGUUUGGAACAUGAUAUUUUAUAGACUAGUAUGAAUUUUAUUAAACCAAUCCUUAGGAAUUUUCUGAGGCUUGAAGGAAAGUGUUGAUCCUUAUAAGGGACAUUCUAAUCAUAUUGAACAGCUCAGUAAAUUAAAACCUGUUCAGAUAUGAUAGUGUGAAACCAAAGAAUGCUAUCAAUUUCUUUUACCAUUUUGAUACAGUAUAAGUUUUAUGUUUGCCACCUGAGAAUUAUGAGGGAAAAUGAUUAUCUCCUGAGUUGUCUGUAGUAUUGAUGAUAUUUACAAUAAAGGGAAAAGUCCUUUAAUUACCUUAAAUGAAUGAAUGAAAUUCUUCAUAGCAAGUAUUUUCCUUGAAACCUUCACUACUAAGUAAUUUUGAUAAACUAUAAACAAAAUUGGACAAUCUAAUUACAUGACCAGAUUAGGUACAAAUUGCUUUUAGUCAUUUGAACCACAGAGUUUAUGGGAUUUUAAUGCUUCCUGGAUGUCUAUACUCAUGCAGUGUUUCCAUUUGGAGUUUUUUUUUUUUUUUUUGUCUUUUUUUGCUAUUUCUUGGGCCGCUCCCACGGCAUAUGGAGGUUCCCAGGCUAGGGGUCGAAUGGAGCUGUAGCCACCGGCCUACGCCAGAGCCACAGCAACGCGGGAUCCGAGCCGCGAGCCGCGUCUGCAACCUACACCACAGCUCAUGGCAGCGCCGGAUCGUUAACCCACUGAGCAAGGUCAGGGACCAAACCCGCAACCUCAUGGUUCCUAGUCGGAUUCGCUAACUACUGCGCCACGACGGGAACUCCCCAUUUGGAGUUUUGUUACACAGUUAAAUUUAUGUUAGUGGAAUUUUCUUUAAAAACUAGUACUUACACAGUUAUAUAAAUUAUAUUUACUAUGAAAGCAUCAUGAAUAUUCAUUUUAUUUGUUUGCAGUAUCAAAAUGGGUUCAUUUUCAUGUUUGCUUGUUAAUAAAGUAGGCAGAAUAAAUAACAGAAGUUACAACUUUCUUCUCUCACCUAUAAUUAAUAGUUUUAAGAAGGUUCAAGUUAAGAAUUGUUCCUUGAAAAAAUGAGGUGAUUUUAAAAGUUUUACCCAGAAUUAGUGUCCCAUUUUGUUUUCUUGUUGACAACUAUCCAAUAGUGAAUAGCAUUCUCUUAAGAAACCUCUAUGUCAGUUUUUAUUUGCAGAGAUUGCUAAUGCUCAUGUGCUCUUUUAAGGAGUUAUUCUCAAGGAUUGAAUUACACAGAUGAGGAAUGAGACAUUUCAAUAUAUCAGUGACAUACCAUUGUUACUGGCUUCCAUGGUAAGACAAAGAAUGUUUGCUAAUUUUUUCUUAUGAAGCCACAGUAUUGAGUCUUAGGAUACUUUGGAACUCCUCUGGCAACUUGUAAGCUAUCUUAAUCUAAAAAAAUUAACAACCAUUAUUAGGAAGUGACUUUUUAUGUAGUUGUCAUUUAGAUGUACUGUAUUAGUAAGAAUACUCAGUUAUAGUUAACUUGAAAGCACUGGUACUCUGGAGUUUUUGAAACUUCUUGGCAAUACUGGAAUCAUUCUUGUAAAUAAUAUGUACUGUACGUACUAUAAAACAUUGUGACAAGGGUUUGGAUAGGAUACAUGAUACAGGUAGCUCUUCUUUAAAAAUAUAGAUAUCCUGGAGUUCCUGUUGUGGCUCAGCAGUUAACAAACCCGAGUAGCAUCCAAAGGACGCGGGUUUGAUCCCUGGCCUCGCUCAGUGAGUUAAGGAUCUGGUAUUGCCGUGAGCUGUGGUGUAGGGUCGCAGAUGCGGCUCAGAUCCCAAAUUGCUGUGGCUGUGGCAUAGGCCGGCCCUCCAAUUCCACCCCUAGCCUGGGAACCUCCAUAUGGCUCGAGUGUGGCCCUAAAGAGACAAAAAAAUCCCCGAGAUAUCCUUUUCCAUAUCAAUACAUAGAAAAUUGGGAGCAUUUCCAAAAGAUAAAGAUAUUUUUGUAUUAAAUGUAUAUAUACAGACUUUUGAGUGUGCUAUUUGCUCUACCUCUUAAAACUUUUAUUUGAUACUGUUUUGCUGUGUACAAUUGUAUAUGUGUUAAUAAUCAAAAUGUUACAUUUUGUAUUUCUGUAAACUGUGAGCUUUGUUAAUAAAGUAUUAAUAUUUGGGGGGAGUAUAACAUGUAAACAGCAUAUAAAAACAGAAACAGGACUGACCUACAACACCUAUGCUUAGAAAAUUUGUUUUUGUCUUCCUACAAAGUAUUUUAUUAAAUGAGGGAAAUGAAAUGGAUUCAAAAGAAGGUAUAAUGCUUUGAUUUGUUACUGUACACAUGAUAACGGUAACAAAUAAAGCCAAAUCAACCUUAUAAGGGAAUCAAAGAUCAAGACUUUCUUUUUAAAAAAAUCAUUAAAAUAUUUUAAUUU